AUGUAUGCCUAUUUAGACGACCGUCAAGUUUCGACAACGUACAACUGGUCGAAUCAACUUGAAAGGUCAAUCCGAGAAUUGAAAAUAGAAGUAUUCGAACACGAAAAAUUUAAUAAAAUCAAAUUCCUUGGUAAUGGCGCAUUUGGUACCGUGUAUCAGGCGAACGAUAAGUAUAAAAACGUUGUUGCGAUGAAAUCUCUGAAUAUUAAUAGCGAAGCGGUUAUGAAAGCCUUUAUUAAUGAAUUCAAGUUACAUCGAGAAGUUCAUUUUCAUAACAACAUCUUACAAUUUCUCGGGUUUUGCAGGAAUGGAGAUGAAUGCUUUUUGAUUCUUGAGUACGCUGAUGGUGGUACGCUCCGUAAAUAUUUACAAGAAAAUAUGCUCGAUUGGAAUAAAAAGUUUGAGCUAUCUCGGCAAAUGACAAGUGCCGUGAUGUUUCUACACGAUCGUAACAUCAUUCACCGAGAUCUGCAUUCAAUGAAUAUAUUAGUUCACCAAGGAAAAAUCAAAAUCUCCGAUUUCGGAUUAUCAAGAAAACUUUCGGAAUUAUCGGAUAAUAGUAAAACAUAUGGCGUGCUACCUUACAUUGAUCCGCAAAACUUGUUGUGUGGUCCAAAGCAAUCUUAUCGAUCCAAAAAGUGCGACAUAUAUAGUUUGGGUGUCCUCCUGUGGGAAAUUUCAUCAGGGAGCCCGCCUUUUGAAAAGGAAAAAAAUGAAAAAAGUUAUCUGUUGCUUGCCAAUGAAAUAGUUUCCGGCCGCAGAGAAUCAAAAGUUGCAGGGACACCAGAUGAAUAUUUGAAACUUUAUUCAAUGUGUUGGGAUGGUGAUCCAAACAAACGUCCAGAUAUUAGUCAAGUUUAUGAAUCUCUUAAUGACAUGAAAAAAUCUGUUACGAGUGACACUCUGGAUUUAAUUAAUCGUGUUUGGAAUUUACCCGAAUCCAGUAAUUUAACUACAACGAAAACUAGCAUUGACAAACAUGUAACAAAUAAUGAUCAAUAUCCACUGGAUAACAACAGCAACAACCAUUCACCUUUAAUGAAAAAGUCGGAUGUUUCGCGAACUAUCGUAGCCAGUAACGAAGUCGAUUUUAUGGGUGACACAAUUGAGAUUAGCGACGAUUUCUUUGACUCUCAAUUGAAGUUCGGUGAUGUUGCCGGAAAAUACGUUGAUUGUAUAGACAUUGACAUAUCUUUCCUAUUCGAUCUCAAGUUUACUCGUACUCUUCAUUUCUUUGAUCGAAACACGGAUAGAAUUCUUCCUUCGAGCUGUAAAACCAGCGCUUGGUUAAAUCUUUACGCAUACAACUGCAAAGACGUCUCAAGUUUCACAGACGUAUAUUUGGAUAACAAAUUUUUAAAUUUCACUAUGAGUCGUUUCGUCAUUUGCAAGCUCUUAAAAGGAAAAGUAAUGCCUCCCACGAAAAUAAAGGACAUUGCUAUCGACAUAUUUAAGCUUUUCGUGGCCGAAACAAUUUCGGACACUUCCUUGGCAGAUAUCGAUCCGGUAAAAGAUUUAAAGUUAAUAAUUUUAGACGAAGAAGACUCUAAUUACAAGUUCGAAGUUCCUGUGGGAUUAGCGUUUAGGUUCCAAGGGUUUAUUGGAAAUAAAGUUUUACUUGGAUUAUGUGAUAACGAUAUUAGUAAGAAGUUCUUUAAAAAAGUGCAAGAAGAUGUGGUUUCCAGGACCGUGGCUAAAAUUGUGGAUGUUUAUCUAGAAGAUGAAUCAUUUCUUGAUGCUCCGUAUAUUCAUUUCGCCAACAACUUUUAUAAUGGAAGUAGGGAAACGGUUAAAAAUAUGGUUUUGGAUCUGCUAGUUAGAGAGCAAGUCAAUGAAUUAGAAAUUAACACCCUCGAUUUCAUAACCUCCUUUUUUCUCACGGAAGGACUGAUUUAUUUACAAGAGGAAGAAAACUUUAACGAAUUUUCGAUUUUCGAUAUUCUUUCGCAAUACCCGCCGGAGGUUAGAGAAAACUUGAUCGUAAAGAAUGUCCUUGAUGACGAACAGAAUAGAAGUUGGGUCAUGGAAUUAGCAUAA